AUGAUGACCUAUUUGCAGCACCCAUCCCACUCUCGGUGCUCACAACCAUCGCCGCACUGGUUGAUCGCGACAUCCGUACGCGCAUGGCCACCCCAGCAACCGUCCCGACAAGCAACGCUAUGGUAUGCACGCCAUGAGCCGUACGCGCACCCCCCUCCCCCCGCCGACCUUGUGUGCAUGGAUCACAACCUUAGGCUUGUUGUCUGGAAUGUGCGUGGCCUUAAUGCGCGUGCCCGACGCAUGGCGAUCCGCUCGCUGAUUGUAACCACCUCUGCCUCCAUUGUCUGCCUUCAAGAAACAAAAAUGGCGUUGAUUUGCUCCUCGGUUGUUCUUGACACCCUGGGCUCCGAGUUUGAUGACUACACGUAUCUCCUGGCGCAAGGCACGCGGGGCGGCAUCCUGCUUGCAUGGAAGAGCAGUACCGUGACUAUCACGGAUCCCUUGUUUACCAUGAACGCUCUCACAACCAAGGUGACCACGGCCACGGGCGCGCCUUGGUGGCUGUCGGUCGUCUAUGCCCCCCCCCCGGGAUGA